ACCAGCCAAGCUUAGGUAGGAGAACCUAAGCAGUUGAAAGAUCAAUUGAAGAAGUUCACAAAUCAAUGGGCUUUUCAUGGGAUAGGUCAUUGAUAGAUCUUUGCAACAUUGAAGGCUCUGAAUUUGUGACAAAACCUAGAUGAAACAAAAAUUGAAAUUUAAAAAUGAUUUCUAAAUUAAUUUGUAGAAAUUAGAUAAUAUGCUUACUAAAUUUCUCAUUUUGGAGAAGAAUGGUGAUUUUGAGAGAGCAGAUCUAGGUUCCUAGAAGAUCAAAAACCCAAAACCCGAAUAACAGAAGAAGAAGAAAAGGAGGUGAAAGAAGAAGACAAGGAAGAAAAAGAGGAGGAGGAGAGGAGAAUAUAUGACUCUUGACCUCAUCAAUAAAACCCACCACUGGAGAGUCUGAUACUCAAUCCUUGCAUCCCCUCCUUUUAUUCACCACUUCACACUCCAAGGUAUUCCCUAGCUCCAAAUCUCUUAAGCCACCCUUAUCCAAGCCCAAUCACUUACGAACUUGAAUAAGAGAAGAAGAAAUUGAUGAAUGGGAAGAAAAACAGAAGAAAGAGAGAGGAACAAAAGCAAAUUUUGAGGAAAAAGAUGAGUAUCUCAAUUCAGGAAAUCUCCUCUGAAAAAAUUUUAGCUUUAUUCUUGGGAAAUAAGUUAUUGAUGGGUGUGAUUGAUAUCUACAACACUGUUUCUCUUUCUUUGAUCAAACCCAAUACCAAUAUUCGCCAAUUUGGGAAUUCUCAAAGACCCAUUUACUCAAUUGAAGGAAAUCCCAGAAGGUUCAGAACCAUGGCCUCCUCCACCAUACCUGUAGACCAAGUCAGUAAGGGUAAGCAGCAGUUGACUGGCGAUUCUUUUAUUCGACCCCAUUUGAGGAAAUUGUCUCCUUACCAGCCCAUAUUGCCUUUUGAGGUUUUGUCGACAAAACUUGGAAGAAAGCCCGAGGAUAUAAUCAAAUUAGAUGCAAAUGAAAAUCCUUAUGGUCCACCUCCGGAGGUGCUUGAAGCUUUAGGCUCGUUGAAGUUCCCGUAUAUCUAUCCUGACCCUGAAUCUCGUCAAUUGCGCGCUGCACUUGCUGAAGAUUCAGGGCUUGAGUCUAAAUAUAUUCUUGUGGGUUGUGGUUGUGACGAGCUUAUUGAUUUGAUAAUGAGAUGUGUACUGGAUCCAGGUGACAAGAUUGUGGACUGUCCUCCCACCUUCACUAUGUAUGAAUUUGAUGCUGGCGUUAAUGCAGCAGAGGUUAUCAAAGUUCCAAGGAAUUCAGACUUCAGCUUGAAUGUAGAACUUAUUGCUGACGUUGUUGAGCAAGAAAAACCAAAAUGCAUAUUUCUAACUUCUCCAAACAAUCCCGAUGGAAGCAUCAUCAGUGAUGAGGUUCUCUUGAAGAUCCUUGAUUUGCCAAUAUUGGUGGUGCUGGAUGAGGCGUACAUUGAGUUUUCAGGAAUUGAAUCUAAGAUGAAAUGGGUGAAGAAGUAUGAUAACUUAAUUGUUCUUCGAACAUUUAGCAAAAGAGCUGGUUUAGCUGGCAUCCGUGUUGGGUAUGGAGCAUUUCCCUUGAGUAUUAUUGAGUAUCUCUGGAGAGCAAAGCAACCGUAUAAUGUCUCUGUUGCUGCUGAAGUUGCUGCUUGUUCUGCAUUGCAGAAUGCAACAUAUCUAGAGGAGGUGAAAGAGGCACUGGUAAAGGAACGGGAUAGGCUUUUUAAACUUCUAAAUGAGGUACCAUUUCUGAAACCAUAUCCAAGCUAUUCCAAUUUCAUUCUUUGUGAGGUUACAUCUGGAAUGGAUGCGAAGAAGUUAAAGGAUGACCUUGCGCAAAUGGGUGUCAUGGUCCGUCACUAUAACAAGAAAGAGCUGAAGGGCUACAUUCGAGUGACUGCUGGGAAACCUGAACAAACAGACAUCUUGAUGGAGUGCCUUAAGCGCCUAUAUUGAAUGUCAUACCAAGGCAUGUAAACUUCAAAAGUAGGGAAUGUGAUUCAGAUUAUCAAAAUUGAUGUUCUUCUGACGUGAUUGAAUUGAAUUUCGAUGCUUGGUAAUUCAUUUUCAUCAAUUCACCUUGCGUUUAACUUUAAGAUUGUU